AUUUCUUCAUUGCUACAGCACAACCCGCCCCUCGUCUCGACCAGCAAUUCAUACUUACACAACAUAAUUAUUUACUUCCAUGAUAGCAGCCGACCUUCUUUAACUGAACGAGGAGUCGUGGUCUCGCCAUGGUGUCCCUCGUCUCUGGCGCCAGGCCUUCAGCUUCAGCUUCUGCGCCUAUCUCCAAACCAAGCAAACCACUUCUUCGACGAGCCACACUCUCUGGCACUGUCCGCAAAUCCGAGGAUGCUGAACUCGAUAUCGACUUGAUGUCAGUACCACCGAGUCCGAAUAAGAGAGCCCGAGUCACCUUUAAUCCGACAGUCGAGGAGAAAGUCAUGGAGGUAUAUCAGGCGAAAGGCAGAAGUUUAGACUCUAUACGAGCGGAAGUCAAACGCUCAAUCGAGGCGCAUGUCAAGAAUCAGGGUGCUAGCGAAGGAUAUGAUAACAUGAAAGAGAUGUUCGCGCCGAGGAGAGAUGAGGACGAUGGGGGAGAGGGGUCGAAUGUGGAUCUGCGAACCUACUUAGUUGCGCUCACCAGCUACACAUCGCUGCUGAACAAGAACUGUAAUGGCCUGGUCAAGGCCAUGCUCGCAUGCGAAUGGAUGGGCAGAGAUGAGGCAUUUGUGAAAGCAUAUGUCCAUUUCUUAGGAAGUUUGGCCAGUGCCCAAGGCGCAUACGUCGGUUCGGUGCUGGGAAUGCUAGUGGGGUACUUUUACGGAAUUCGAUUAUCCAGUGGACGACUUCCAGGCUACCCUGACGUAAAUCGAGACCAGCUUACCACCCGAAUUCACGUAGCCUUGAAGUACCUACUACGUCUCAUUCCCUCCGCCAGCGGGAUUUUAUCCCCAAUUCUCGCUGCGAAGUUCCCCUUCUCGGACGAAACGAAGAAGGUCCACGUUACAUAUAUUGACAACCUGAUCCGACUGAUUGAUUAUGCGCCAGAGCUCAAGUCAGAUACUUUUGCGCUGAUCACGGAUCGCCUGGUCAAGAUUGACGUUCAAAUGCAGGUGGAUCUGGACGACUUGGAUGAUGAGGUUGCAGCAGCAAUUGUUCAGGCUAUCUCGUUAAAUCCUUCUCGCGAUGAUGACGACGUUGGAGAGGAUUCGGAUAGCGAUGCAGACUCAGUCACAAGCGACGAAGACAUCCAAGGCGAUGCUAAACGAAUAAAGGAGGUCCAGGGAAAUGUGGAGAAAAUGGAUGCCAUACUCGACUUACUGUUCACCAUAUACAGCCCAUACUUCUCGGAUCCGAACAGCGUUGAAGCCGCCUCGAUGUUCGAGACUUUACUUGGCCAUUUUUCGAACAUCAUACUUCCAACAUAUCGUUCUCGACAUACACAAUUUCUCUUGUUUCACUUCGCGCAAACAGCAGAACAUCUCGUUGACCAAUUCGCUGGCACGUGCGUUCACUUAGCUUUUCAGUCCAGCCGACCGGCAGUAUUAAGACAAUCCUCGGCAGCUUAUCUGGCAAGUUUCGUGGCGAGAGGUGCUCAUGUUCCAUCUCAUGUCAUCCGUACAGUCUUCGAACUCAUUGGCAACAAUCUCGAUGUCAUCCGAUCCGAUAACGAGCUCACAUGUCGCGGCCCGGAUCUGAAACGCUACAGCACAUUCUACGCCAUGACACAGGCGCUGCUGUACAUCUUCUGCUUCAGAUGGAGAGAUCUCAUCACAUUUACAGAUAUUUCAGAAGAAGACGAUCCCGCAGCUUUCAUCGGACAAGAUCUCACAUGGACGCCUGGAAUCAAAGACACUCUCACUCGCACAAUCUACUCAAAACUCAACCCUCUCAAGAUCUGCUCUCCUCCAAUCGUUGCCGAGUUCGCGAAGAUCGCUCACCAUCUUCGAUUCAUGUACGUGUACCCGCUGCUUGAAACGAACAAGCGGAUACGCCUGAGCCAGUACUCCUCUGGGCAAGGUAACGGAGCUCUGAGAGAUGCGGGUAAUGGCGGAAACAACGAGAGCUGGCAUCAAUUAGAUGCGUAUUUUCCGUUCGAUCCUUAUCAACUCCCAGUCAGCAAACGAUGGAUCGAGGGGGACUACGUUCAAUGGAAGGGCAUCCCAGGAUUGAACCAGGAAGAUGAUUCCGACGACGAAUCUGGCGAGGAGGAUGACGAGGAUGACGUCGAUGUGGAUGACGAUGAUACCGCGACAGAUGGUGAUGAUGAGGAUUGAGUUUUGAAGAAACCAGAUUGGUUUCUGAAUUUUUGCGCGGAGUUCUGGCUUUGAUAUUUGGACAAUUCUGCGCGAAAAUUGCACGGCGUUAUGUGUUACUUUGUCUUUCGAAUUUUGGGCAUAGCGGGCGCGAAAAAUACGGCAAAGCACACAUGCGGCGGAGAGAUGGACAUAUGGGAAUAAUUUCUACGCUGAUGAUUAUGCGGGUCUGCAUGGAGGCGUUUGCGAUCUAGUGCGAUAUAGUACUAGGUUCCUUUUCUGGUGUCUCUACCUUGAGUAACAGAACUUGGUGGCUAUGGUUUGGAAUUAGAAACGGGUGGAUGCACCAGCGGUUGGUCUCGAUUCUCUAGAGUUUCUGGCAAAUUACUUUACACUACAUUUGUAGGUGGAGUUUUCCGAGAGAUUAAGAUGGUAUGGCUGUAGAUAGCAGUGUUUGAGAAGUAAACAAAUACUCGUUCAUACUCGCGUAAUACUGGUGAAUAUGAGUCUUUGAAUGGCCUCACCACAGACAGAAAGCUGUCCUUGUAGGCUGCAUCUCACGCUAAUUCAUCACUUAUUGCCUGAUCUUAUUAUUCAAAUUAGAUCAUUGUCCGGUACUUUGACAUCAGGCAAAAUCCACUUGGUAUCUCCCCUAUUUCCAUCCAACGCAAGAUGACGCAGAAGGCGCCUAUUCCAAGCCUCUGGACAUCAAAACAAUAUUUACUGUAGAUCGAAGUACUGCUCUUCCCUUUCGGCAGAGGUAAGCAUUACCAUGGCCCCGCCGUCCAUAAGUCUAUGCACAUAACACUUUCCAACAAGUCUGUAUUUUUGUCGUUCGUGUCGCAUAAUGAAAAGAAGUUCUCCACCAGACAAAAGAACAAUCAGAUUUCCCAAUUGCAUUUUCCA